AAUUAAACCUCCACCAAAAGCAAUAAAUAUGGAAAAAGAAUUGGGUAAACAACCUGACGAACUUUAUUGUUUUGAGAUGCUUGAGGCAACAGGUGUCUGUGUAAUACCUGGCAACGGUUUUAGACAAAAGAGGGCACUUGGCAUUUUCGUAGUACCAGAAGAAUUGUUUGAUGGAAUUUCAUAA